AUGGUUAAAACCUCUAUAGGGGCAGUGCCCAUGGCCAUGGUUCAUUUCUGGGCACCAACUUUUAAGUGGGGCAUUAGCAUUGCUAAUCUUGCCGAUUCCACUAAACCCCCCGAGAAAGUUUCAUAUCCCCAGCAGAUAGCUGUUACAGCAACUGGAGUAAUUUGGUCCCGUUAUAGCACUGUUAUUACUCCUAAAAACUGGAAUCUCUUUAGUGUAAACAUUGUGAUGGCUGGCACAGGCAUUUACCAGCUUGCACGUAAAAUCCGGCACGAUUAUUUCAAUGAGGAGCAAGCUGUUGAAGCCAAAGAAUGA